AUGAUUACGCUGUACCACUGGGACUUACCUCAGAAGCUACAGCUGCUAGGUGGAUGGACCAAUCCACACAUUGUUGAGUGUGCUCACUGGUUUGAGCCUGAAAAUGAAGAUCAUGUGGAAGCGGCUAACGAAGCUAACCAAUUUAACUGGGGUCAGUACACGCACCCCAUAUUUUCGGAAACUGGCGACUUUCCACCCGUCAUGAAGGAAAGAAUUGCUGCGAAUAGUAAGGCACAGGGCUUUGCAAGAUCUAGAUUGCCCGAAUUCACUCCUGAGGAGGUGGAAUACGUGCGUGGUACAUCGGACUAUUUCGGCUUAAACCAUUAUUAUGGAUCUUACGUAUAUAGAAACGAAACAGCGAUUGGUUAUUAUGAAGCACCAUCGCUUGCAGACGAUAUGGGUGUUGUAACUUUUAAUAAAGAAGAUGAACCGAACACUGUUGGUAAACCAUGGGCAUUUAAGAAAUUAUUGAAAUCAAUUAACGAACUGUACGGUAACCCACCAGUAUUUGUAACUGAGAACGGAAGAGGAAACGACGGCGGUUUGGUCGAUGAUGACCGUGUAAAAUACUAUAAGGGUUACCUUAGCGCGAUGUUGGAUGCCAUGGACGAAGGCUGCGAUGUUCGCGGCUACACUACCUGGAGUCUGAUGGAUAAUUUCGAGUGGCUGCAAGGUUACUCGAAUAAAUUCGGACUAUAUGAAGUGGAUAUGAACAGCCCUGAGCGCACGCGCACACCACGUAAAUCGGCAUACGUCUACAAGGAAAUUGUCCGAACUCGAUCCUUAGACAUGCAUUAUGAACCUGACAUGUCAAAGCCCAUUAGUAUAGAAUAG